AAAGAACAAACUUAUUAAGAAAAAAGAGGGAACAAAAAGAAUGGCUUCUUCUCUUGCUUCUCUAUCUGUCUUGGUUGUGUUCCUAAUCACAGGCGAGCAUGGUCUCGGUGUCUUAGCCCAGAAUUGCGGCAAAGAUAGGGGAGGAGCCGUGUGCGCAGGAGGUCUUUGUUGCAGCAAGUGGGGUUUUUGUGGAAACACUACUCAGCACUGUGGUGAAGAUUGCCAGAGCCAGUGCACACCUCGCUCUUCUACCCCCUCAACACCGAGCACUGGCGGUGGGGGUGGUGAUGUUGCUUCUCUUAUAUCUCAGUCUCUGUUUGAUCAAAUUCUUAAGCAUAGGAAUGACGCUGUUUGCGAAGGGAAAGGGUUUUACGCUUACAGUGCUUUCAUCACUGCUGCCAAGUCAUUUCCUGCGUUCGGAACAACCGGUGAUAUGACCACCCGAAAGAGAGAGAUCGCAGCUUUUCUUGCUCAGACCUCCAAGGAGACCACUGGUGGAUCGCCAGCUGCACUUGAUGGGCCUUACGCAUGGGGCUACUGCUUUGUGAAUGAGAUGGCAAGAGGUGAUUACUGCAAUGCUAGUGCUCAGUGGCCUUGCGCUGCCGGAAAAAAAUAUUAUGGCCGGGGACCCAUCCAAAUUUCUUGGAACUAUAACUAUGGUCAGGCUGGGAGAGCAAUAGGCUUCAAUGGUAUCAACAACCCAGACGCCGUGGCCACUGACGCUGUCACCUCAUUCAAGACUGCCUUUUGGUUUUGGAUGACGCCACAGUCUCCGAAGCCCUCGGCGCAUGACAUCAUCACCUGUUUAUGGACACCUUCAGCUGCGGACCGCUCGGCUGGUAGGGUCCCUGGGUACGGUGUCAUCACCAAUAUCAUCAAUGGUGGCUUGGAAUGUGGCCAUGGAAGCGAUGACAGGGUGGCUGAUAGAAUUGGAUUCUAUAAGCGCUAUUGUGACCUCAUGGGUGUGCCCUAUGGUGACAACCUUGAUUGCUAUAACCAAAGGCCCUAUAAUGGUUAGAAGAAAGAUCAUACCUGUUUGUGGUCUUGUGUUUCAAAUAAGGACAUAAACUCUCAGAGGAACUUUACAGUUAAGAAGUACCACACCUUUCAUAAUAAAACAGAUGAUGCCUUAGCAUCAUAUUAUGCGAUAGUUUCCAUCUUGGGAUUAGGAUUUAAUUAAUUAUUUAGAAUAGUGAGAAAUGGCCUAUUUGAAAGAUAGACUAAUGUGAUCUUGCUGAGAAAUAUGUAUUUUUUAUUUUUUGUGAUCUU